CUCCACUCGGGUCUCAAGUGUUGUCUUGUUGCAUUUUCAGUCAUUUUACUUCCUCCUUCAAAGUCAAAAUGAUCCCCGGCAUCACCACCUUGACUUUCUUUAUACUCUGGACUGCAGGUGUUUCUCAGUCUGUGACGAUCACUCAGUGGCCCCACUACAUCUCUAGGCCUCCUGGUGGCUUGGCAGAAAUUCACUGUUACCAGAAUGAUACUGACUAUGAAUAUCUGUACUGGUACAAACAGCUGAGAGGAAAAGAUAUUCAGUUAGUAGUUGUUUUAGUAGUUGGUACUCCAAAUUUUGAAGAGGGAUUCAAAUCUGGUUUUCAGGCAGUGAAAGUGAAUGAGAAGCAAUGGUCUCUGACAAUAUCCAGCGUUCAGGAGAAAGAUGAGGCUUUUUAUUUGUGCGCUGCCAUCAGGUAUGAUGUGAACAACUACAACCCAGCUUACUUUGGCAGUGGCACCAAACUGACAGUGUUGGAAAGAAAUAUCACCCAACCAACAGUGACAGUGUUUAAACCUUCAUUACACGAGUGUGAAAACAAGAACGAGAAGGGGACAGGCGUUACAAAGAAGAAGACCUUACUUUGUGUGGCCAGUGGGUUCUACCCAGACCAUGUUAGUGUGUCAUGGAAGGUUGAUGGGAAGAAAGUCGACAAAAAUGUGUCGACUGACAGUGCUGCCCAGCUGGACGGUGAUUUCUACAGAAUCACCAGCAGGUUGAGGGUCCCUGCUAAAGACUGGCACAACCCCAAGAAAUACUUCCAGUGCAUCGUCAGCUUCUUCAAUGGGAAUGAAACUAAGCAUUUUGAAGGCUCAAUUAAGGGUGAAGCAGAUCCGGUAAAAAGAGCAAAAUAUCUGAAGAUCACACAGAGUGCCAAACUCUCCUACAGUGUUUUUAUCGUCAAGAGCUGCAUCUAUGGAGCCUUUGUAGUGUUUCUGGUGUGGAGACUUCAGGGUUCAGCUGGAAAGGACUGAUGUGAGAGCUGAGCUGUGGCAAAUGAACUCUGGGAUGGAUUAAAGUGCUUUCUGUAAAUACAACUGAAAACAAAGUAGUUAUAUUUCUAUAUUUCAGUGCAUUUAAACUCAUAUAUCUAAUCCUGCAGACAGUAGAUGGAUGGUUUUUGUGCUUACUGUUGUUACAAUGCUAGACUGCCAUGCUGGUUCAUUUGGAACCAGGUUUUUAUAGAUACUUAAUAAUUCUGUGUAUUAGUUUUUGGUUGUGAAAUACUUGUUUGCUUAACUUUCUUCUCAAUAAAAGCAUUUCAGGGAA